UGUGGAAGGAGAGCUCUCAUGGCUGCAAUAACUUAGGGAGAUUUUACCUGGGUGACGCUUGGAAUAAAAAGUUUUCUGUUUGUUUAGUUCUGUUUCCGAGGGUCCUGUGCACUUCUCUUGCCUGGAUCAACGUGACCCUUGGUGGUUUCUGCACACCCUGCUCUGUGGGGGAGUGCCCCAGCGUGCCUGUCUUAUGUGGCCUCUAUGGACACACUGCUCAGCUGGCAGAGAGCAGGGAAGUUUCCUCCCAGCACCCAAAAAGAGAAAGAGGAAACUACUUUUUCCUUCUGGGCUUCUUGCAGCACAAUAGAUCAGAUUAAGUUGCCACAUUCCCUCCCUGGAUUUUCAGGAGCGGUUUCCAGGAAGAAGUUAAAGCUUCACCUUUAAAUGGAUGAACAUGUCACAAUCAGGAAGAAACAUCUCCAAAGACCCAUCUUUAGACUAAGAUGCCUAGUGAAGCAGCUGGAGAGAGGUGAUGUGAAUGUCGUGGACUUAAAGAAGAACAUCGAAUAUGCAGCCUCUGUGCUGGAAGCAGUUUAUAUUGAUGAAACAAGAAGAUUGUUGGACACUGAAGAUGAGCUUGGCGACAUACAGUCAGAUUCAGUGCCACUGGAAGUCCGGGACUGGUUGGCUUCUACUUUUACACGGAAAAUGGGGAUGACAAAAAAGAAACCGGAGGAAAAGCCAAAAUUUCGGAGCAUUGUACACGCUGUUCAAGCUGGGAUUUUUGUGGAAAGGAUGUACAGAAAGACUUAUCAUGUGGUUGGUUUGACAUAUCCAUCAGCUGUCAUAAUAUCAUUAAAGGAUGUUGAUAAAUGGUCUUUCGAUGUAUUUGCCCUAAAUAAAGCAAGUGGAGAUCAAAGUCUGAAGUUUAUGAUUUAUGAACUUUUUACCAGAUAUGAUCUUAUCAACCGUUUCAAGAUUCCUGUUUCUUGCCUAAUUGCCUUUGCGGAAGCUUUACAAGUUGGUUACAGCAAGUACAAAAACCCCUAUCACAAUCUGAUCCAUGCAGCUGAUGUCACUCAAACUGUGCAUUACAUAAUGCUUCACACAGGUAUCAUGCACUGGCUUACUGAACUGGAAAUUUUAGCAAUGGUCUUUGCUGCUGCCAUUCAUGAUUAUGAGCAUACGGGCACUACAAACAACUUCCAUAUCCAGACAAGGUCAGAUGUUGCCAUUUUGUAUAAUGAUCGUUCUGUCCUGGAGAAUCACCAUGUGAGUGCAGCUUAUCGGCUUAUGCAAGAAGAGGAAAUGAAUAUCUUGAUGAAUUUACCCAAAGAUGACUGGAGGGAUCUUCGGAACCUAGUGAUUGAAAUGGUUUUAUCCACAGACAUGUCAGGUCACUUCCAGCAAAUUAAAAAUAUAAGAAACAGUUUGCAGCAGCCUGAGGGGAUUGACAGAGCCAAAACCAUGUCCCUGAUUCUCCAUGCGGCAGACAUCAGCCACCCAGCCAAAUCCUGGAACCUGCAUUACCGGUGGACCAUGGCACUGAUGGAAGAGUUUUUCCUACAGGGAGAUAAAGAAGCUGAAUUAGGGCUUCCCUUUUCCCCACUUUGUGAUCGGAAGUCAACUAUGGUGGCCCAGUCACAAAUAGGUUUCAUUGAUUUCAUAGUAGAGCCAACAUUUUCUCUUCUGACAGACUCAACAGAGAAAAUUGUUACUCCUCUUAUAGAGGAAGCCUUAAAAAAUGAAACUCCCUAUGAGACAAGCAGCUCAAGCAGCAUUGUGGGCUUACACGUUGCUGAGGCCCUGAGACGAUCAAAUACAAGGUCCGUGAGCGAUGGGACCAAUUCCCCAGACUAUUCUCUGGCAGCAGUGGACCUGCGGGGUUUUAAAAACAAUCUGGUGGACAUCAUUCAGCAGAACAAAGAGAGGUGGAAAGAGUUAGCUGCACAAGGUGAAACUGAUCAUCAUAAGAACUCAGAAGAUUUCAUAAAUGCUGAAGAAAAAUGUGCUGAUACACAUCCGUAGAACUAAAACACCUUAAAGGUUUCUGUCAUUUUAAACAUGAGAGGAUAAUGAAAACAGCACUAAAACAUCCAAAUUCCUCAACUUUUCACCAAGCUUUAUUCUUCUCUUUCAACAUACAAUUGAAUCGGAACAUUUUUAUGGACUCCUGUAUAGGAAUUAAGAACAUAGAUUUUGAACUAGUAACUCUGGUCAAAUAAAUAUGCUUACGUUACUACCAGAGUUUUUGGACAGUGCUUUCACCAUCAUUUUUCCUUCACAAUUUGGCCUUCUUCAAUCAAGCCAGAGAAAUUUUUUAAACAAAAAUCAGACCAUUUUAAAUUUUCAUCAGUUUGAACCUAAUCGUACAGACUGUCCAAUAUAUGUGCAGAAGUGAAGUACUCUAAAAUUUACUUCUUUGCACUGUCUUACAGAGUGCUGUUACUACACAUUUUUCAAGGUUUUAAGCAAAGCAAAAACAAAAUUAUGAAGAAAAAUUUUGCAGUGCUGGGGAACAAGCAAUUAUCCUUAUUUUAAAUGCAUGGCCACAAAAAUGAGAGGCGGAGCUCCUUAAAGCUAUAGUUGAAGUCGUACAUCAACAAUGGAGCAUUGUAGCCCAAGCUCAGUGAUCUAGAAAAUCCCUUUGUAACUUUCACACUGGACAAUGGCAGCGAAAUCUUUUCCUGAAACCUGUGGAGCAGCCUGAACUCAUCCCGUGACUUCAAAGCAUGAAUACAUCACCUACCUGGGUGUGCUCACAACACAAGUCACGCUUUUCCUGCCUACAGUCUAGAAUAACAAGAAUCAUCAGCCAUUGUUGGAGACAGAGAGAGUGGUCGUCCUCUGGGGUGUGGAUCUUAUCAAGAUGUAACAAAAUACAUGCCAGGCCAAGUGAUAAGCAACAAGAAGUAUGUGUGUGCACUUGUGUGUGUGUGUGCACCCACACGUUUAUGUGUGUGUGUGUGUGUGUGUGUGUGUUUUAAAAUGUUGAAAAUGGAAGAUGGAAGUCCACACUUUACUGUACAGAUAUCAUUAUUUGACGUGACUUUAUCAUUACUACAUAGAAACCAACUGCAAUCCUUGGCGGGCCUACUUCCUUGUCAUGUUUUGCCUGAGCAUGUGCAAAGCCUAUUCUUUGCUCCAAGCUGAAGAAUUACUUUUGUUACUAGCUGACAAGAAAGGUCAAACACAAUUAGGUGUUGUAACUUUUCACUGUACAAAUACUUCAAUGAUUGUGGACUUAGAGUAAACUUGUCUUUGUCAAAGGUAAAAAUUAGAUGGCAAGAAUCAAGAAUAGUCAUCAGGAAAUGCCAUGAAGGAGGUUCCAUCCAUCCUAAAGGAUUUUCUGUUGCACUUGCUUCCUUCCUGGGUUCUACAGUGCUAAGCAAUAUUUUAGAAAUGAGUACAAUGAGAAGCUUUUAAGCCUAAGGGGUGAGAAUUUAGAACUCACAACUGAUAUCUCUUUUAACGUGUAAGCCAUAUUCUAUAUGCAUAUUUUGUAUGCACCAUCAUAAUUUAAGAUAUAUUUGUGUGUAGACUGUGUACAAAAUGCUUUUAAAUGUUCUGUGAAUAAGGUCCUUAGCUUUAGUUUCACUGAAUUGUGUGCAGAGCACAGCUAAAUAAUUGAAUUGUAUCAUAGACAUUACAAUGCAAUUGAUGUGUUAAAUGUAAGCAGUAAAGACUGAUCUAUAAUAAUGUGUUGGGGAAAAUUUUAUAGAUAUGUACAUCAUGAUGACAUUUGUCCUUUAAAAAUGAACUUUUUAUUUCUAUUUAUGAAGAUACUAUAACUACUGCUUUUAAUUUCUUUUUAAAAUGAGCUACUCACCAGAAAAUGUGCAUUUCAGAUGAACUCAGACUAUCUGGGAAAUCUAAUUACUAUUAUUUCUAUUUGAGCCACUUGUCUUUCAGUAAAGCUAAGAAUCUUUUAAGGGAGAAGUAAAAUGAGACAUUUUCUGAUAUGAUAUAGGAAAUAUAUCACGUUGUUCCUUUCAAUACUAUAACAUCUCCAGACUUUUGUGGCUGAAAAAUAGAGGACUGUAAAGAAUUCAUCAAAUUCUGUAUAUGAACUUUAGCCUAAUUUUCAGGUUAUGUGACUUAAAAAGCACUGUGACUGAAUUUCCAGAGGGAGUGGAGAAAACAGUGCACGUCAGAACAGUUGUCACGCUGCUUAUUCCACUUAACUUUCCCUAUCUCCCUUUCUCCCUCUUUCCUCCUGUCUCCCAUACUUCCUCCUUAUCUCCUUCUCCUUUUCAUCUUCUGUAUUCUUUCCUUCCUCUAACUCUGUUGGACAUCUACUAAUGAGUAUCAACUAACACGAAGUCAGAGUGGAGACUGCUUGUGCCCGUCCCUUCUGCAAACAUCACUUUUGAGUCCUUCUGAAGAGGGGGAUAGAGGAAUUAGGCUGCUGUACCUUGACUGUCCUGCUUUGCAUUUUUAUUCUAUGCUUCCCAACAUAGAUAGCUUGCAAGUUCAUAUGCUUUUUUCUUUAGCCAGAACUUCUUUUAUUUCAUUUCUAACAUAAAAUUCUGUAAUUCUAUGUUUUUAUUAUGUCGUAAUUGUCUGUACUUCCUAUUACCUAUGAUUGCUAAAUAAAUCAUAUUUGAGGGAAAAUAUUGUGAAACAUUUGG